CAUAAAUGAGGAAUUAGAGACCUUCAGUCUGCUAAGCGCUUAUAAUAAGCUAGUUUUGUCGCUAGUUUUGACGCUAGUUUUUUGUAACGGUGUAUGCUAGUAGUCAAGUAACUGUCGUCUAUCAAUGAGGUUAAAUUUAAUUUUGUUAAAAGUGAAACGGUGAAAAUAAUUUUAAAAAACCAUGUCAACCGCAAGUUCACAUCCAUAUAGUAAUCUCAGUUUAACGACCGAUCCCCUUGCUACAUUAAUGAAGCCUGAUAUUAUUUCAAUGUCAAAAAAUAGCCAAGUUAUAAACGGUGGCGGUGGUGAUUUAACAUCAUCAUCUUCUACCACAUCAUUAAAUCGUACAAAUCCCUCCAUAAAUUCACUGAAUGUUAGUAGUCAUACAUUGGAUAAAGUAAAAGUUGCGAAAGUUACAUUGGAAUAUUACUACGACAAUUUAAUUGUUCAAUAUCGAGAACGUCAAAAUAGGUACAAAAUUUUAGAGUCAAUGAUGGAAAGUGAAGGCUUAACAGAAGAACAAAAACAAAUCAAACGUACACAACAUGCUCUCAAAGAAAGUGAAUUUCUCCGACUUAAACGAGCACGACUCACAGUUGAUGAUUUUCUACCUCUUAAAAUAAUUGGUAAAGGAGCAUUUGGUGAAGUAAGAUUAGUUCAAAAACAAGACAAUGGCUAUAUUUAUGCUAUGAAGAUUUUGCAUAAAGCAGAUAUGCUACAAAAGGAUCAAGUUGCUCAUGUAAGAGCUGAACGUGAUAUUCUAGUCAAAGCUGAUAAUCCUUGGGUUGUGAAAAUGUUUUAUUCAUUUCAAGAUUCAGUCAAUCUGUAUUUAGUUAUGGAAUUCCUUCCAGGUGGUGAUAUGAUGACACUGUUGAUGAAACGAGAUACAUUGACAGAAUCUCAAACACAAUUUUAUAUAGCAGAAACCGUUCUAGCAAUAGAUUCAAUACAUAAAAUGGGUUUUAUUCAUCGUGAUAUUAAACCUGACAAUUUAUUACUGGAUGCAAAGGGUCAUAUUAAAUUGAGUGAUUUUGGCUUAUGUACAGGUUUGAAAAAAGCUCAUCGAACAGAUUUCUACAAAGAUUUAUCUCAAGCUAAACCAAGUGAUUUUUCCUCUGGUCGUGCAGACUCCAGGAGAAGAGCAGAAGGUUGGAAUAAAAAACGACGAAGAUUAGCUUAUUCUACUGUUGGAACACCGGAUUAUAUUGCACCUGAAGUAUUUCAGCAUCAUGGUUAUACAAAUUCUUGUGAUUGGUGGUCACUUGGUGUUAUUAUGUAUGAAAUGCUGAUAGGCUACCCACCGUUUUGUUCAGCUACACCACAAGAAACGUAUAAGAAAAUUAUGAGUUGGAAAGAGGCAUUAUUUUUUCCACCUGAAAUGCCCAUUAGUAAUCAUUCAAGAAACUUAAUACAAUCUUUAUGUUGUGGGGCAGAAACACGUUUAUCAAGUAUUGAAGAUAUACGAAAACAACCAUUUUUUCAUGCAGUUGACUGGGAGCAUAUACGUGAACGACCUGCAGCGAUUCCAGUGAAUAUACGUUCAAUUGAUGAUACUAGUAAUUUUGAUGAAUUCCCCAAUGCUGAUUUAAGUUGGCCUAAUGUUACAGAUCCUAUGAAAACCUAUCAGAAAAAUUUAGCUUUUAUAAAUUAUACUUAUAAGGCAUUUGAUGGUUGGACAAAUAACGACCGAAUAUUAGAUCGUCAAUUAUAUCAACAACAAAAAAUUCAACGUCAUCAAACUGCCUUAUCAUCUAGAAGUAGCAUACUGUCCGAUUUAACUGGAAUAAAGAAUAAAUCUUCAACAUAAUGAAUUAAUUCUUUAUUGAUUACACAUUAAAUUACCUAUUUCCACCUCCGUUCCCCUCGUCAUAUAUAUAUAUAUAUAUAUAUAU